AUGAUGAUACCAGAAAAAACCGAUACAAAUGGAAUGAAGAAUGCCAAACAUAUAUUCAACCUUUUGAUUCUUGGGUCUUGUCUCGCAGCGGGAUUUGUCAAUCUUAAAGAAACGAACAAUUCUACUGAUAAGGCUAAAGCUAAACCUGCGAUUGCUACUGAACUUAGUGAUAAUGCCAAACCACUUAUUAAACACGCAUAUUUUUCCGCUUCCGUUGCAUUUUCAAUUUUGAAUCCAUUAUUUAGAGUUAAGCCACCAAGUACAUAUGAAAUACCAAGGAAUCCAUUAUAG